GGUCUCCCAGGAUAUCAGUCCCAGUGAACCAGGUCAUGCCAUGGUGACCAGCAGCCAAAAUCUCAGCAGGGCUUACAUGGGAAAGGUGUAUUUCUUGCUGGCACUACUUGCUCCUUGCAGCUCCUGACAGAGCUGAAGCACUGCUUCAUGUCCUCUCUCCUUCAGGACCCAGCCGAUGGAGCAGGCUUUACUGGAACACUGCUGGGCAUUGUGGCGGUAGAAUGCAGUGAACCAAAUACCAGCUCUCAAAGCUCAGAAGUGACACAGAUCACAUGCUGACGUUUGCUUGACGCAGGUCACCUUGUCACCUGGCCUAGUCUGAGUUUUAUGGAGGUGGGGUGUGUAUAAGCCUCUCAUAAGGAGGAACGCUGAAUAUGGGUGAGCAGUGGUCACGAUAGGAUUUCCUCCUCUCCCACGUGUAUCCCAAGCUUACCACCUCCCCAGAGAGACAACCCUAAGGUCCCAUUUUGUCUACUUUGUGCUCAAAGUCCAGCAUCUCUGAUUGAUGCCAGGGAUCUGUUUGAUGUCCAGAUGAUUCCUUUUGGUCUAGAGACCUGUUAACUAAAAGAAGCCAAGUUAUCUGCCUUCUCCAUACCCAAUAAACAAAGAUAGAGCACGGGUAGGGUGGUGAGGCCUGCUGGAGUCGUGGGGAGAUAUUGCAAGGGGCCUGUCGGGGUGAGAAACCUUCCUUGGCGAGGCCCGGGUUCUGCUCCCAGGUGGCUCCCAGCCCGUUGCUCUCCACGGCCCCUGCCUCUGUGUUCUGGAAGGUCCUUCCUUGUCUGUUAGCUUCUUUGGCUUCAUUUGAUGAAGGCCUUCUUAGGGGCUAGGCAGCAGCUCUGCUUUUUGCCCCUUGCCUCAAAUAAUCUCGUUAAGGCUUAAACUUCCAGCAUUUUUUUAGGUUGUGGGUUUUUUGUUUGUUUGUUUUUUUGUUUUGUUUUGUUUUGGACAAUUUAACUCUCAUAAGGUAGUCCAAGUUAUAUCUUUAUCAUUGCAGCUAAUUCUAAUUAUUUUUGACAUGUGCAGUUUUAGGGGUGUGUGUGUUUUGUUUUGGGGUUUUUAGUCUAUACUGUUUCCUUAGGACCACCUCAUAACUUAGUCUCUUUCCCCUGAGCCAUUUUGUGCAACUGAAAGGGUUUCCUGGGGACCAACUUAAUCCAUUCUUAGGUUUUAACAGCAGCUGUGAUGGUCAUCCCUUAAUUGGUUGUUUGCCAUGAAAUUCACUUUUAGUCAGUCUUUGACUCUCAAAGCAUUUCUCAUAGUAUUUUUUUUCUCUAAGAAUUGGAAGAGGCAACUUUUUCAACCUCGACAGCAAAAGGUAAAAUUAGAAAAGCUUUGAAAGUUUUCUAAUCUUUCAAGAUCCAAAAUUUCUAGUAUCUCCUUACUCUCUUUUUAUUCCUACUUGCAAACUUGCUUCUUUUCCCCUGAGCUCCUCAAUUCCCUAGUGUAUUUUAUCAAAUGCAGUGAAUAGUAACUGAGAUGUACUACUAACUUUCUGUUCUCCAACCUCUGUUCCUAAAAGUUAAGCCCAUGAGAUAAUAAUAUUUGACUUUAAAUUUAUCGAUGAAUGCACAGCUCUGAUUAUACUGAGAGCCACUGAUUGUUCACUUUAGUUGGAUUGUAUGUGUGUGAAUAAAACUAAAGUUAUCGUAAGUAAAACGAGCAUAAAAUAUUUAGCCACUGAAUAAAAUAGAUUGCCAUUCUUGCAGUUUCCUUGCACUGCCUGUUGUUAGGGUUGAUGCUGUUUAUUUUGUUACAGUACCUAUUUAUUUACCAGUUAAGUCAACAAGAUUUUUAUGUUCCUCAUAUUACCUGUCCCAUAAUGAUAGGUCAGCUUUGGUUUUGCUCCUUUCAGCUUACUCGGGUUCCCAGCGAGAGGAGCAUUUUUUCUCUAACAUUGUUGAUCCUCGUGACAGAGGGAGAAGGUAACGUGGUGCCUUGGCUGUGGCCUCUAGAGCUUCUGCGUAGAAGGGACGUGCAUCACUUCCAUUCGGUCGGUGUCUUUUGAGGACGUGGCUGUGGGCUUCACCCAGGAGUAGUGGCAGCUCCUACACCCUGCUCAGAGGACCCUGUGCAGGGACAUGAUGCUGGAGAACUACAGCAGCCUGCUGUCCCUGGGGCAUUGCAUUCCUAAACCUGCGGUGGUCUUCAAGUUGGAGCAAGGACAGGAGCCCUGGACAUUAGAAGAACUCUCCAGCCAGAGCCUCCCAGAUAUCCAGAAAAUAGAUGACAUGGUUGAGAGGAGCCAGGAAAAUCAAGGCAAACGUUUUUGGCAAGUUGUAAUCACCAACAACAAAACAACUGAGAAAGUUGAAUUAGGAAAAACAUUUAAUUUGAGCACAACCUUAUUUCCUUUAAGAAAAGUAACCUGUGGAAUGAGUUCAAACCAUAUUUCAAAACUGAUUAUAAAUAAUGGAAACUAUUCAGGAAUAAAACCUACAGACUUUAAGGUGUGUAAGAACUUGCUUCUCCCUGUUAACCCUGAUCAGAUGCAUGCUGGAGAGAAACCUUAUGACCUUAAUCUAUUUGGGAAAUCUCUCAGACAGAAUGAACAGUUUAUUUAUCAUCAGAAUAUUCAGACUUUUGAAUAUAGUGGACAAGGAAAGGCCUUCAACAAGGAGGCAAUAUUCUUUACAGGCAAAAGUGAUGUGGAAAAGAAACCCAGUAAAUCUAAUGAAUAUGGAAAAACCUGUGAUGAGUCAGCUCUCAUUGUGCAAGAAAUAACACAAGUAGGAGAGAAUCAGUAUAAAUGUAAGGAAUAUAGGAAAACUUCUUGUGAUAAAACAACACUAUUUAAUCCUUGUAGAGCUCAUGUGGAGGUAAAACACCAUAAAUGUAAUCAAAGUGAGAAUGAUUUCACUCAGUUUCAGGGAACUCAUUCUGGAGAAAGAACUUUUGAAUGUAAUGUAUGGGGGAAAACUUUCUGCAAAAAGUCUAACCUCACUAAACAUCAAAAAGCACACACAGGGGAGAAACUGUAUAAAUGUAUCAAAUGUGGGAAAGCCUUCACUGGCAAAUCAACCCUUACAGUACAUCAGAGAACACAUACAGGGGAGAAACCCUAUGCCUGUAAUGAAUGUGAGAAAUCCUUCUGCCAUAAGUCAGACCUAACCAUUCAUCAGAGAAUCCAGACAGGGGAGAAACCCUAUGGAUGCAAUGAAUGUGGCUAAACUUUCUACCAGAAGUCAGCCCUCACCGCACAUCAGAGAACUCACAAGGAGGAGAAGCCUCAUGAAUGCAAUGAGUGUGGUAAAACCUUCCAUAAAAGGUCAGCCCUCACUGCACACCAGAGAACUCCCACAGGAGAGAAGCCCUAUGAAUGUCAGGAAUAUGGGAAAUCCUUCAGCCAUAGGCCAGCCCUAACUGUACAUUGCAGAACUCACACAAGAGAGAAACCUUAUAAAUGUAAUUUGUGUGGAAAAUCCUUCUGUGUGAAGCCAAACCUCACUGUACACCUUAGAACUCACACAGGGGAAAGACCCUACAAAUGUAGUGAAUGUGGGAAGACUUUCUACCAGAAGUCAAAGCUCACUGUGAUUCAGAGAACUCACACGGGGGAGAAGCCUUAUGAAUGUAGUGAAUGUGGGAAGACCUUCUGUGAGAAGUCAUCCCUCACUGUGCAUCAGAGAACUCACACAGGGGAGAAGCCCUAUGAAUGCAGUGACUGUGGGAAAACCUUCUGCCAGAAGUCACAUCUCAGCAAACAUCAGAGAACUCCCAUAGGGGAGAAACCCUAUGUUACAGAGACUGGCUAUGUGCUCACCAAUGUCCACUUUCUUUUUCUCGUGGGCACACAGUUAGCCUACAUUUCUCAGUCUACAUUUGGUAUGGGUGGGCCCAUGUGACUUGGGCUCUGACCAGUGGACAUGGGCACAAGUGGUUGUUCAUUAUUUCCAGGCAUGGCCUGCAAAACACGUCUGCAUAGUCCUCCCUGACUUCACAUCUCUUGCUGAACUGAAGUGGAGAUUAAACUCAGGUUGACCUUGGGAGCUGUAGAUGAAGAUGACAACCAUAACUUAAGACAGAAUGAAUUGAGUGGGAAUAGCAGAGAUCUCACCUCUACCCCCAAAUCACCAUUUGGACUUUCUGUGAAUGAAAAAUACAUAUAUACUCUGUUGAGCCAUUUCAUGUUUUGAUAUCUCUGCAACAGAUCCAGCCUGCUAUAGGUAAUACACUUUGUGAAUGUGGAAAGCCUUCUGCGGGAAGUUACCACUCUUUGUAUAUCAGAAAAUUAACACAGGAGAGAAAAUUUUAUUGUCACCUUUCAUCCCCAAAUCAGUCGAUGGAAAAGUCAAAUAAAUCAUGGGGAGAAACAAAUCCCACAACAAAUGUGGGAAAGCCUCUGUUCCAGUUUGCUAAUGCUGCCAGAAUGCAAAACACCAGAAAUUGAUUGGCUUUUAUAAAAGGGGGGUUAUUUGGUUACACAGUUACAGUCUUAAGCCCGUAAA